ACUGAACAACCUUUUUUACUUUCGCACACACCGCCAUAGCUUUAGCGGGGCUGGAUUGCAUUGCGGCCGACUCCUUCCUUUCCGCAUCGCGUUCAGCAGAUCAUCGAGCAGUGUAGCACCAAAUAGCAACCAUGGUGCAGCGUUUAACGUACCGCAGGCGGCACUCGUACGCUACGAAGUCCAAUCAGACGCGAGUUGUCAAGACGCCAGGUGGGCGUCUCACAUUCCAGUACCCAGGGAAGAGAGGGCAGGGACCCAAAUGCGCCAAGUGUCCCAAGAGACUUCCUGGGAUACCCCAUAGGUGUCCUACGGGCUACAAGAGGAUGUCCCUCAGACAGAAGAGAGUGAACCGAGCAUACGGUGGAAGCAUGUGCGCUAACUGUGUCAGAGAAAGGAUCGUGAGAGCGUUCCUUGUCGAGGAGCAGAAGAUCGUAAAGAAGGUACUCAAGGUUGCGAAGCUGAAGGAGAAGGCGGCGGCGAAGGCCCAGGCUUAGGCAGCAGAUAGAUUUCGGCUUUGUGCUGAUUGCUUUUUGCCUAUCCUCGUUCUCUCUGGCUCUGUUUUUCAGAUGGCUCCUGAUAUCUCCCUCUGUGUCCUGGAUCUUGUAAUCAAGUGAACACGUGUUU